AUGUUCAAGUACAUACCCAUCUUCAAGGGAUGCAACCGACAGAUCGAGUACGUGGACAACCGGCACUCGUCGUUGCCGAACGUGCCGGAGGAGAUCUUCCGCUACUCGAACAGUCUGGAGGAGCUGCUGUUGGACGCGAACCAUAUCCGCGAUCUGCCAAAGGGCUUCUUCCGGCUGUACCGGUUGCGGAAGCUCGGCCUCAGCGACAAUGACAUCUUGAAGAUUCCCUCCGACAUCCAAAACUUUGUCAACCUCGUCGAGCUCGAUGUGUCUCGUAACGAAAUUGGAGACAUUCCCGAGGACAUCCGGCACCUGCGGAGUUUGCAGAUCGCCGACUUCAGCUCGAACCCGAUCCCCCGGCUGCCGGCCGGCUUCUCGCAGCUCCGGAACCUCACCGUCCUCGGGCUGAACGAUAUGUCGCUGACGUCGCUGCCGCAGGACUUUGGCUGCCUUUCGAAGCUGGUGUCGCUGGAGUUGCGCGAAAACCUGCUGAAGAACCUACCGGAGUCAAUUAGUCAGCUGACGAAGCUGGAGCGGCUGGAUCUGGGCGACAACGAGAUCGACGAGCUGCCGCCGCACCUCGGGUACCUGCCGUCGCUGCAGGAGCUGUGGCUUGACCACAACCAGCUGCAGCGACUGCCGCCCGAGAUCGGGCUGCUGAAACGGCUGGCGUGCCUGGACGUGUCGGAGAACCGGCUGGAGGAGCUACCGGUCGAGAUCGGUGGGCUGGAGUGUCUGACCGAUCUGCACUUGUCACAGAACCUGCUCGAGACGCUCCCAAACGGGGUGUCCCAGCUGACGAGCCUGUCGAUCCUGAAGCUGGACCAAAACCGGCUGCACACGCUCAACGAUAACGUCGGUUGCUGCGCGAGCAUGCAGGAACUGAUCCUGACCGAGAACUUCUUGAACGAGCUGCCGGCCACGGUCGGCAACAUGGUGCUGUUGAACAAUCUGAACGUCGACCGGAACGCACUGAUGGCGAUCCCGGCGGAGCUCGGCAACUGUCGGAAGCUGGGCGUGCUGAGCCUGCGGGAGAACAAGCUGACGAAGCUGCCGGCCGAGCUCGGGAACUGUAGCGAGCUGCACGUACUGGACGUGUCCGGGAACCAACUGCAGCACCUACCGUACUCGCUGGUCAACCUCCAGCUGAAGGCAGUCUGGCUGAGCGAGAACCAAUCGCAACCGGUACCGACGUUCCAGCCGGACGUGGACGAGGCCACGAACGAGCACGUGCUGACCUGCUUUCUGCUGCCCCAGCAGCGCUACGUCCCGUCGGCGAACCCGAGCCAGCGCGAGCAGGACACGGACUCGGAGAACUGGGAGGAGCGGGAAGCGUCCCGCACGCACUCGGUCAAGUUCACGGAGGACUUCGGCACCGACAAGGACACACCGUUCGUGCGCCAAAACACACCCCACCCGAAGGAGCUGAAGAUGAAGGCGCACAAGCUGUUCGCGAAGGAGCGUAAGGGCGAUGAUGCGACCGGCGGUGGUGGUGGCGGUGGCGCCCUCGACACGCUGUCGGAGGAGUCCGUAUCGCGGCCGUCACUACCGGGCCAGCUGAGUAAGGCCAGCUACGGGGCGGCCACCAUGGAAGACAUCCAGGGCGCGAUGCCUAACGAGCCGGCGGCCGGCCAGGAUGCAGACGGUGGUGGUGGCGGUGGUGUUUAUCACCCAGCGACGACGACGACGACGACGGCCGACCCUGAUGACGAUGGGUUCGAGCGGCGCGUCGGCUUCGAUGUAAGCGAACCCACCGGCGCUACCCUGACCACCGGUGGCCUCGAAGGCGACGACGGAGACGACGGCUACCAGUACGGUGGUGAUGGCGGCGACGGCGACAACGAUAACGAGAACUGCACCAAGAAGCCGAUCUCCAAGUUACAUCGCAGGGACACGCCGCAUCAUCUGAAGAACAAACGCGUGCACCAGAGCGGCGCCGAUAAGAGCACGAGUCUAAUGUUUAACUCGCUCAAGCUGAAGGAACUGUCGCCCCCGGUGCUGGACGAGCAGCCUGUUGCGGCAGCGGCAACCGCCGGCCAUGAUCUUACGCCGACCUCCGGCGGCAGCACGGUCGAAGAUACUCUUGACGCGUACACAGCGCUGAAGGAGGAACGCCUGGAGAUCCACAUCGAGCGUACGUCGGCCGGGCUGGGGCUGAGCAUAGCCGGUGGGCGCGGUUCGACACCGUUCAAGGGCGACGACGAAGGCAUCUUUAUCUCGCGCGUCACGGAAAAAGGGCCAGCCGAUCUGGCCGGGCUGAAGGUUGGCGAUAAGGUACUUAAGGUGAAUGGAAUCUCCGUCGAAGACGCCGACCAUUACGAUGCGGUCGAGGUGCUGAAGGCGUGCGGCUCGGUGCUGGUGCUGUUCAUCUCGCGCGAAGUAACACGCCUCAUCGGCCAUCCGGUGUUCGACGAGAGUGGACCGGUAACGCAAAUUAGCAUCCCCACCGACGCGGCCACCGCCGCAACGUUGACAAUGCCAGCGUUCGGCAGUUCGGCCGCCGGUACUCUGGUGGGGUUGCCCGUGAUGGACAGCAACAGCGGCGGUAGCACCGGUGUCACCGGUGCUGCCGUGACCUACACCGGUGCCCUAUCGCCCAACACCGUCGGGCUGCCGAACGGGAACGGGCCCGACCCGGAGCUGCUGAACGGGAAGGAGAUCACGCAGAAGAUCAUUCUGCACACCACCCUGAUCCGGGACCAGGUUGGUCAGGGGUUGGGGUUCAGCAUCGCCGGCGGUAAGGGCCACGUACCGUUCAAGGACGGCUCGGAGGGAAUCUACAUUUCGCGGCUCACCGAGAACGGUGUCGCCCACAAGGACGGCAAGAUAAUGGUGGACGAUCGGGUGCUGGCGAUUAAUGGUGUGGAUAUUACCAACGCUCACCACGACUACGCGGUGCAGCUGCUGACCGAUCACCAGCGUUUCGUGCGCUUGGUGGUGCAGCGGGAGGUUAAGGGCCCUAUGGAACCGCUGCACAGCCCACGCGGCGUCGUCGUCGGUCCGUCGGAUCGUAUCGGGUACGGAGGAAACCGUACCGCCGCUACAUACACCGGCUACCGGCGAUCGUUAGGUGAUGUCCAGGACACCCAGGCCGCUGGUGCAGCGACGACGCUUGACCCAACGAAACGGACUCAAGCCGACCACCCGGAAGAGAAGGCGGAUCAGCAGCACAAGAAGGACCAGCAGCAGCACUUGUUGCCAUCGUCUACCAACACACCAGCAUCGCAAGAUCACCCACCACCCAUCGACCAGCAGCCACUAACGCAACAGCCACAGCAGCCCCCAUUACCUGCACCCCGUACAGUAUUAACGCAAAGCGCAAAUAACAAUCACAAGCACGAUAGUAACGGUGUGGGGCGCAGUAAGCAGCCCGAGUCUGGGCCGGAUGCAUCGGAACCGGGCGCGGCUGUCGGUAAUAACGGCGGCGGGGUAGUAGCGCAGGCCUCGCACGAUGACUCGCAGGUGGCAGCCCGGCCGAUGACCAGCGCAGACUUUCAGGCCAUGAUACCGUCACACUUUAUCAGCGGCGGGCGGCAGGUGAAUGUGGAACGGGCCGAGCACGGUCCUUCGGUGACGGUGACGGUGCAGAAGGCCGUCCCGGACAUGCCGAUGUUGCCGCCGGCACCCACCGAGCUCGGCACCGUUACCGAAACGAUAACCAAGUCAACAUUCACAGAGACGGUAAUGACGCGCGUUACCGACAAUCGCUUAUUGGAGCCACUAAUCAGUGAGGAGGUGAUUCUUCCAAAGGAUCAAGGUUCGUUAGGUUUUAGCAUUAUCGGUGGUACUGACCAUUCCUGUACGCCGUUUGGGGCCCACGAGCCAGGAAUCUUCAUUUCACAUAUCGUUGCCGGCGGUAUAGCGGCGUUGUCGGGAAAGCUGCGCAUGGGUGAUCGUAUACUGAAGGUGAACGGCACCGAUGUAACGCAGGCUACGCACCAAGAGGCAGUAAUGGAGCUCCUGCGACCCUGUGAUGAUAUCAAGCUGACAGUCCAACACGACCCUCUGCCGGCCGGAUUCCAGCGUUUCAAAAUAGUUCCAUUAAGCACUGAGGAGAUACACAUCGUCAAGCGGGAAGGUGAACGGCUCGGCAUGCAUAUCAAGGGCGGGCUUAAUGGACAACGGGGUAACCCUGCCGAUAGUCUGGACGAAGGCGUUUUCAUUUCUAAGAUUAACAGCAAUGGUGCAGCGAAGCGCGAUGCCCGUUUGCACGUCGGAAUGCGCAUCCUCGAGGUGAACGGUCUGUCGCUACUGGGCGCCACACAUCAGGAGGCGGUGGAUGCGUUGCGGGCCUCUGGCAACCAACUUCAGCUAGUGGUUUGCAAGGGCUACGAAAAAUCUGACCUACUUCACCUCGCAGGUAGUGCGGGAGGAAUGAGCAGUGGCAUAGGAAAUAACGGCGACAGUACUCGCAUCGGUUCACGUGCCUCGGAGACGGGAUCGGAGCUAAGCCAAAGUGUUUCCAGCCUCGAUCGCGAAGAUUCAGUCAUCCUUGCUGCGGACUCGACCCGGAAGCUGAGUGUGGACAGGAUCGAAGAAGAAGCUCUUUCGAAAACAUCAACGACCGCUGUUGAAACGCCUAUCGAGCCCCAGGAAGUUUAUUCCAAAGCCUUGGCCCCGAUCAAUGUUUCGAACGAGCAGCAACUGGUGGCGGUAGGAGUGAAGGAAAAGAGUACUCCCGAGAAGGUGCUGGACAUUGUGCGUGCUGCAGAAUCAUUGGCGCUUGGCGGCCAAGGGCUGAUCGAAAAUGGACCACCGACGUCGCCAAUUGAAACCGCAUGUUCCGAACCACUGCAAAAAACGACUACCAUAGUGAUGUCGAAGCAUACGCUCGACACGCAAGCACCUCAGGUUGAACGGGCAGCCCGUGGUGGCACCACCGCCGGACGGUCGUUGACGCAUGCGAAUGAUCCUCCCAGUGCCGCCGCUCCGUUACCACUUUCUAAUUCGUCCUCGCAACCCAGCGCAAAUCAGCAGAGCACUAACACCACGAAGCUACCGUCGUCGUCGGCCGGUGCCACUGGCGCGAAACCGGCGACCAAAUCCGUGACGUCACUCCCUCCACCACCGGUGCAGCGGAAGUCGGUGAGUUUCGAUUUGCACGAGGAUGAAACGGCAACGGCGGCGGCGACGGCGCUGGACGACCCCCAUCAUCCGUUGCCACCUCAUCAGCCGUUGCUCAAGGGCAUCCUACGAUCAGGCGACCCGUCCGUGGCCCCGGUCCGUGGCCACCACGAGCAGCACGGCGGUGAUGAUGAUGAGGAUGAGGACGAUGAUGAUGAUGACGAGGACGAUGAUGAUGAGGACGAUGAUGAUGAGGACGAUGAUGAGGACGACGAUGAGGAGGAUGAAGACGAGGAGAACCGGGAAGAGGAACCGAUGACCAGCCGGGGUGACGCUGCUCAGGUCGGUGAGGUGCGACGCGCCGACAUCGUCCGCAAUCGGGCGGCCCGGAAGCUGCGGGAGGAGUUCGGCCACGGCGAGCUGGUGGAGUACGAGCAUGACAUGGAGACGAACACGGUCCGGCCGGUUCGACGGGAUCCGGGAUUGCGGGGAUCCACGAUUACCCACCACCACCAUCCCGUUCACAGUUACGAGCCGGUUGAGGCGGUGGUGGUGUUGCCGCCGCCGCCGGCCACCCACCGGAAGGCACAGUUCGUGCACGAGAACACCCCCGGCAACAUGCUGGUGCCGGAGAACGUCCACCGGCAGGUGCUGCUCGAGGAGAACAACGUCCGGAACAAGCUGCUGGCGCAGUACCACGCGUUCGAGCAGCAGCCAACCGUGCUCUCGUCCUCGUCACCAUCACCGCCCACGACGGCGUACAUUUUUGCUUCCCCUCCACCACCGGGCUCGAUCUCCCCGAUGCCGGUGGCGGACCUCGCCCAUUACCUACCGUCUACAUUGCCGGGCGUCGGCGGUGGCAGCAUUAGCACCGGUGGUGGUUUUGAGAUCGAUGCGUCACCACCACCGUUGGACGCUUCCUAUCACCACCACCAUCACCACCACCACCACGUGCCGGCGCAGAUCUACCCCCCGGUGCAGAUUCUGCCCGUCCACUACACGAAGCUCCCGACGCCGCAGCACACCACCAUCUACACGUACACGGGCGGCGGCGCCACUGGGCGCCCGACGCAGCCGCCUCCCCCACCACCCUCGUUCCCGCCAGCCGCCAGCCAGCUACUCGGCCACCAGGUCCACUAUCAGCAGCAGCAACGGCAGCAGCAGCAACGCCAAAUGUCCUACUUUAUCUCCCACCCAGGAGAAGGAGGAGGAACGUACGUAUCGGCGGCACAUCCUUCCGGGACGCCGCCGCCACCACCAUCAUCACCACCACGAACACUACCACCCUUACCACCACCACCACCGUUCGGUGCCGUCCGGGAGCCGGUAACCUCCGCCUCUGCCUUCUACCAACAACAACACCACACGUUCACUCCAAACGCCACCUCCGGCCAAACGAUGACGAUGGUUGAAACCAUGCGCGAAAAGAUCAUCAUGUUUGAGCUUGAAGAUUCGCUGGGCGGUGAUAGUGAGGGUGGAUUGGAAAUAGGUGAGCCUGAAACGGAACCCCGCGGCAUAGUGGAGCCUGUUGUGCAUCACAACGGUGCCGAUGCCUGUGCCGAAGACUUGGGCGACGGAGCGGGGUAUGCGACGGUAGUGAACCAGCCAGCGGAACCGAAGCUACAAACGAUUGUCGAAGUCAUCAAUCCGAUGCUGACCGGUGACGGUCAUCCAAAUGAUAUUGCCAUCGGGCGUUACAACGACACCUACGGCGAUGAUUCAUUGACUUCCGUGCGUGCGUCACCCCAUCCCCAUCAAGCUGCCGCACUCGAGUACGGUCGGCUGGCGACAUAUGAACAGGAAGCGUACGAGUCGGUGAACGACAAAAUGAAGCACGUCUUGCGUGAGUUGAAGCAAAAUGAGAAAGUGAAGCAGAACUUGUCGAAGAGUCUCACCGAGAAAGAGCUGGCUGCGCUAGCGGAUGACGAGCAGGAGAACUGUGGGGAGGACCGUGAUAGUGAUGACGACGACGUAAUCGACCUCAUUGAGGGCAGGCUACUGGAGGAAGCGGAAGAAUACGAAGAAAAAACCGGUGCUAUCGGGACCGUGUUUAUGGUGCGCGAGCGGUUGAUUAAUGAUUUCUACACGCACCAGAGUGACCUUGCCCAGGAGCAACAGCAGCAGCAGCACCAUCACCACCAUCAUCACCAGUGGGCACAUCCACAGAAGCUACUCGACGCCACCUACCACGACUGCGAGGUGAUCACUAACCCGAACGCCGAAGGCUUCUCGGCCGAUUUCGAUAGUAACUGCAAUGCGGGAGGACACAGCUACACGAACGAGGACUGUGACCGGGAUGACUACGAUGGUGAGGGUGUGGACGACCACCAGAAUGGUAACGGCAGUGAGGCGAUGCUGCAGGCUGCUAGGGAAAAGCAGAUCUCUCGGGAGCUACCUGAUGAUGAUGAUACAACGAUCAACACUCCUGCGGUCGACGAUUCUUUCUCUGCCAGCUCUGCCGCUAGCGGCGCUAGUUCGAAACGAAAGAAACGGAAGAGCAAGAAGAAGAAAUGAAGAAAUACUGCGCCCAUUUUACUCGAGAUAAGUAGGACUGCAGUAAACACUCCCCGUGUAAGCAACAUUCUAGAAGGGCCUUCCAAAACGAUCCUGUUCUUCCAGGGUGCGACCACCUCAUCUAGCGCGUG